AUGUUGUCUGCCUACACACUGGCAGCUGGUAUGCCAUGUUUGCCAUCUCAGCCACUGCUAGAUCAGCCAUUCAGCAGCAUUCUCAUCCAAUAUAUCCCAGCAGAGGCAAUAGUAGUCCGGAUGGACGGUAUUCCCUCGUUCCCAGUCUCCGCGGUAGCAGCCCAACAGGCAUCUGCAAGUAGCAUGAUUCCUAUAGGCAGCAAAAAGAAGGAGUCACAAGAACUAUCUCCAGGCGUGUCCGCCUUUGAAGCUCCGGUUUCUGCCUGGACAACAUUAGAGUCUACAGUACUACAAACUUACUCCGUACUGAUCGAACGACCGGGAUUAGGCAGCGAAGAUGCUUCCAGAGGGUCACCUGGUGACUACGGAGUAGAAAACAGGUUUGCCACCGCUACGAGACACCAGCUUCCAGGCUCCUACGGAGUACAUGAUGGCUCUUAA